AUGAAAACUACCAUGUCUUUUAGCCAGUUAGCAUUGACAUUGGCCUCAAUUGGCCUUGUCUCUGCCCGGCCUCCCUGGAGCAAUAAUGGGGAACUGGUCUACGGCUCUCCCGAAUCCGUUGGCAUGCAGGCAGCGCCUUUGCACCAAAUGGUCCAAAACGUCACUGCAUAUACACACGCUGCCAACUAUGGAAGGUUCUCGCACUACAAAGUCCUUCCAAUUGAACCCGGAUCCGCGAAUCUGGUUGCUCGUAACGGUGUCAUUGUCAGCGAAUUCGCUGUCGGAAAGAGAAAUCUCUAUGCUGAUGUUAACGGUACCGAGUUGCCUCGACAUCUGCAAGAAGAUACCACUGUGGAUACAGUUUAUGAUAUGGCCAGUCUUACCAAGCUGUUCACUACUGUAGCUGCUCUACGGGAACUGGAUGCUGGUCGGAUUGAGCUAAAUGCCACUGUCGUGACUUAUAUCCCGGAGUUUGCGACGAACGGAAAGGAAAACAUCACCAUCCUCGAGCUCUUCACGCAUACAAGUGGCUUUGAUGCUGACCCUUCGCCAUCACUUUUCUCGGACAGUUAUACUACGUAUGACGAGCGCAUCAAUGCUAUCCUGACGCAGAAGAUCAUCAAUACCCCCGGAAGCACAUACCUCUACUCAGAUCUCAACUUCAUGUCCCUGGCCCUUGUUAUCCAGACCGUAACUGGACGACCUUUGGAUGAACUCAUCUAUGACUAUACCAGACCACUCGGAAUGACAUCUACCUAUUUCAACCGUGGCAACAUUGAAGGCGCUACUUGGCAAACCCCCAACUACUAUCGUACAGCCACCCAGGAAUUCCAAAUCGCAGUCCUCGGUCCCGCAGAGCCACAACGUCCCCAGCCAGUACGCGGUACAGUCCACGACGAAAACGCCUGGGCCCUAGACGGCGUAUCCGGUCAUGCGGGUCUCUUUUCGACCGUCCGCGACACAGCCGCAUUCUGCCAAAUGAUUCUCAACAACGGCACAUACGCCGGACAACGCAUCCUUUCCCAGAACGCAGUCGACCUCAUUUUCACAAACUUCAAUGCUCGAUUCCCUGGCGAUGAGCACGGCUUGGGUUUUGAGUUGAAUCAGUAUUAUACUGCGGGUCCCAUGGCGAGUUUGCAGACUGCUAGUCAUACCGGAUUUACGGGAACGACGUUGGUGAUUGAUAGGACUUAUAAUGCUUUCUGGCUGCAUUUCAGUAACCGUGUGCAUCCGUCACGGUCGUGGUCUAGUAAUAAUAUCGUGAGAGAGGCUGUUGGGUAUUGGGUUGGAAAAAGUUUAGGGUUGGAUGUCGCAUUUCCUCCCUUGUCUUAG